CCAGAGGGGCCGCUGGAUAUAAUCCCGAUAUCAUACCACCACGCCGCACCUCCCGCAUAUACACCAUGGCAGACACAACGACAGGGCCGUUGUCGACAGAGAUGGCCUUCACUGUCGAGCAGCGCCACAUUCUCGCGACCCUGGAGCGGGCCGGGGGGGCUUUGUCCCUGGUCGGGGUUGUGCUGAUCUUCAUCACCUUUUACUGGUCGAAGCGCAUACGGACGAUCCCCAACCACUUUAUCCUGUUCGCCUCCAUCGCCAACAUCGGCGCCAGCGUUGCCAGCAUCAUCGCCCUGGACGGCAUCGAGCAAGGCGAGGACUCGGGCCUCUGCCAAACACAGGCGUUUCUUUUCGAGAUGUUUAUGCAGGCCGACCCCUGGUGGUCUGCUGCCAUGGCCAUCAACGUCUACAUGGUGUUUUUCAGAGGCCACAACCCGUCGAGCUUUCGGCGCCAACUCUGGGUCUACAACGCCCUCUGCUUCGGAGUGCCAGCCGUUCCCGCAUUCAUCUGCCUUCUGGUCCGGCCCAACGGAAGACCCAUGUACGGCGAUUCAAUUCUCUGGUGCUGGAUCAACCACGAAUGGAGCUCCCUGCGAAUCUACACAUACUACCUGCCAAUAUGGCUCUGCAUCGCUCUGUCGGCUGUGAUAUAUUUUGCCGUCGGCUACCAGGUGUUUCACCAGCGCAACCAGCUGCGGAACUUGACACUCAGCAACCAGGCCAAGGAGGGCUCCGCGUCCGAUGUCCGCGACUCGGCUGAGAAGAACCUCACAAGCAACGGUAGUUACUGGGGCACCGUUACCACCGAGGUCCAAGUCACGACGAGCAGCAAGGAUCCAUGCUGCGACGGCCAUCCCGGAGACGUCGAAUCGCCGCCGCCAACCCCUCCGGGCGGCGCAGCGCCGUCCGACCCCCGCUACCACACGUGGGGUAAUGCGCACAUGGGUCCUCUAUAUGACGAAGAGAGAGGCGAGCCAUCUUCGCCAGCUGCAGAGCCCUGCGGCGGCUCUUCGGCCAAGCCAAUGAGCCCAUACAUACCCGCCUUCCCAUACCCGCCGUCGGACCGGUGCUUGAGGAGGGAUUCGGACGGCGAAGGCGCCGCCCCGACGCGUCACCUGCCAAUGUCGCCGCCGCCGCCUCCAAACUUCCACAGCACCUCGGUCGUCUCCUCGGGCUGCGGCGUGCGCAAGAAGAAGGAGGACGAGCCCGCGUCGGCGGCGGCGCUGCGGCGGUUCUGGGCCCCGGGCCGGCACAUCAAGGCCAAGCUGCGGCACUUGGACCCGGUCAAGCUGGCGUACCUGCGCACGUCCUUCGUGUUCGCCAUCUCGGUGCUCGUGACGUGGACGCCCAGCAGCAUCAACCGGGUCUACAACCUCAUCUACCCGGACAAGGUCAGCUACCCGCUCAACCUAGCGAGCGCUGCCGUGCUGCCGCUCCAGGGCGUCUGGAACGCCGUCAUCUACUUCUCGACCAGCUGGAAGGUCCUGCGUCAGGAGUGGGAGGACCUGUGCCGCCACACGCCGUGGCUCCGCCGCCUCGUCGCGUCCGUGAGCGGCUGGUUCCGCAAGGGAAAUCGGGCGAGCGGCGGGGGUGGUGUCGUCGGGGCCGCCGCGCUUGCGAUACCGGGCACCACCGCGGGAGGCCCGCCCAGGAGCCCGCUCGACGGGCCCUGCCACCUUGACCGCUACGACCUGGGAGGCCCCGGAGGCGGCGUCCCUCUGAGCCCGCUGGGCCGGGUCGCGUCGAGGCAGCCGAGCAACGUCGACGUCGACCUGAGCCCGCGCUCCUCCAACCGGACCAACAACGUCCGGGUGCAGCGCGGCGGGGAUCUAGACCUCAGCAGCUUCUAGGGAUCUGCCGAGGGUGUUUUUUUUGAGGGGGGGUUUCGUUUCAUUUGAUGCCUCUCCGGAGUGUCUGUUACUUUCUUGUGCGAUGAAAUCCGCCAUGCUUGCACAUACCCCAUUACACCGAUUCGCCCCGAGUGUCUGCCGUAUAUCCUUGUUUCUGCUUGCUUGAUGGAUCGAUGGGCUUCACGACAUAUUCUCUCGGUGGAAGCUGUCGCAGGCG